AUGCUUUCAACACUGCUAUGGCUUGGACUAGCAGUAUUCGUACUUGUAACACAGAGUUAUACAAUUCUAGCGCGCUUCCUACGCCUCCUAUUGCAUACGUACUUUCGCAAGAUUGUCGUCUACGGACUCAAUAAUUUUCCACGUGAAGGACCGGUAAUAUUAUGCCCAAAUCAUCCUAAUAUGCUUGUUGAUGCCAUCCUUGUUAUUACUGAAGUUGUUAGUCAUGGUCGCAAUCCAUACGUGUGGGCAAAGGGCUCACUUUUUAGUAACCCCAUCGCUUCAUUUGCUCUCAAGAGGCUUGGUGCAGUUCCAGUAUACCGCCCACGACGCAAUGAGACCACGCUUGCUGAUGUGGAUUCCGACAAGACACCCGAGGAACUAGAGGAAGCCAAUCGUGCUAUGUUUGAGCAUACAUGGCGUGUGCUUGCUGAUGGCAAUGUCAUGGUGCUUUUCCCUGAAGGAACGUCUUACACUGCGCCGAAGAUGUUGUCACUACGCACAGGUGUUGUGCGCGUGGCGACAGGUUUUGCCAAAAACUAUGACACACCCAUCCCGAUCAUUCCUCUUGGACUCAAUUACUUUAACAAGGAUCACUUUCGAAGUCAAAUGACGCUGGAAUUUGGUCCGUCCAUGAUGAUCACGCCCGAUAUGGUGCACAACAAAGCUUUUCAGAAAAAUGAACACAGCGAAGUGAAACGCUUGACGCUUGAGCUAGAGGAGCGAAUGCAUGACGUGACCUUGAAUGCCUCUGAUUUUACUACCAUUCAUAUUGCGCGAAUGAUGCGGCGUUUGUACCUGAAUACACCUGGAACCAUUGAUGCAAACAAAGAAGUUCGUUUGACUCAGUACAUUGUCAACAUGCUAGAAAAGGAGCCACAAGAUGAGGAGCAAAAGGAGCGAAGUGCAACGGUUCGUGACAAGGUUAUGCAGUACAAAGAGCAGUUGGAGAAGCUGCGGCUGAAAGACCAAGAAGUGAAUUUGCCAGUACCGAAGAGGCAAUCGCUUGUGCAGCUAUUUUUGGAGCGAAUUCUGUACCUACUUGUGCUGCUGCCACUAGCUACUCCCGGUCUAUUGCUAAAUUUGCCCUACUACUUUGUUGGAUCGAAGAUGAACAGUCUUGCAGGAUUUGUGGAAUCUAAAUCUAUGUUCAAGAUCUUUGCCGCCGGUGUGCUGGUGCCUCUACAGUGGCUUUUACUGAUCCUUUCAGCUUGGUACUUUCUUGGGUCUUCUUAUGCGUACACGCUGGCGGUGGGAUUGCCACUGCUACUUUACUCGCACAUUCGCGUGUUAGAAGAGAGUCGGUCGAUUGUCGAAAACGUCUAUUUUCUCUUUAACAUUACGGCACAUGCCGAUCAGGUCGCAGUGCUUCGAAAGAAGCGUGAGUUGCUUGCGGAAGAGGUUUACGAGUUGGUGACUGCAUACGUGGAUGCCAAGUUUCUUUCAGCCGUGCACAAGUCUCUUGCCAGUUCACCUGUGAAUCGGCGGCUGCGUCAUCGUGCCUCUUCUACCAGCGACACCUUUUUGCACGACGACGAUACGUGA